UUGGAUUGGUACAACGUUUUGGUAAAAUGCCUAAUGUAUGAGCAUACUACGUCGUUUCACUUAUCAAAUUGUAUUUAUCUACCAUCACCAGGCCAGUACCAACAUAUUCGUCAUUGUAAAAUGAGACACAAGAACUACUAAAAUUACAUCGAAUGCCACUGCCAUGGCAGCAGCAGCAGAGCUCACCAAGCCUCUCUCUUCAAAGCAACUCUUGAACCUUCUAAAAUCAGAGAAAAAUCCCAUCUCCGCAAUCUAUCUACUCGAGUCAGCCUCUCGCUACACUAAACAAUCCCACUCACCGCACGUCUUCCUCCACAUCCUCCGCCGCCUCGCCGCAGAUUCACGGCUCACUCCACACAUACCACGAGUUCUCGAAAUAAUCAAAACCCAGAAAAGCCCCUGCUCGGAAGAUGUUGUUUUGACCGUUAUAAAGGCCUACGCAAAGAAUAAAAUGUCUAAUAAAGCUUUAGAAACUUUCCAAAAUAUGCACGAUAUUUUUAGUUGUAACCCUGGUGUGAGAUCGUACAACACUUUAUUGAACGCUUUUGUUGAGAACCAUGAGUGGGAUAGAGCUGAAUGGUUUUUUGGGUAUUUUGAAACAAUGGGCGUGUCACCAAAUUUGCAGACUUAUAACGUGUUGAUCAAGAUUUCGUGCAAGAAGAAGCAGAUUGAGAAGGCUAAGGAGCUAUUGGAUUGGAUGUGGAGUAGUAAUUUGAAGCCUGAUGUGUUUACUUAUGGUACUUUGAUUAAUGGGAUGGUUAAAGGUGGACAUUUGUUGGAUGCGCUUAAGGUGUUCGAUGAAAUGUCUGUGAGAGGAAUUGUAGCUGAUGUUACAUGUUAUAAUAUGCUGAUUGAUGGGUUUUUGAAAACGGGGGAUUGUGAUAAGGGAAUAGAGAUUUGGGAAAGGUUGGUGAGGGACUCGUCGGUUUAUCCGAAUGUGGUUAGUUAUAAUGUUAUGAUUAAUGGGUUAUGUAAGUGUGGGAGAUUUGAUGAGAGCUUGGAGAUAUGGGGGAGGAUGGCGAAGAAUGAACGUCGGAAAGAUGUGUUUAGUUAUGCUAGUAUGAUUAAUGGGUUGUGUAAAGUGGGAAAUGUUGAUGGAGCUGUUAGAGUUUAUAAAGAAAUGGUUGAUAGUGGUAUAGCAGUUGAUGUUGUCACUUAUAAUGCGUUGCUUACGGGGUUUUGUCGAGCAGGGAAGAUUAAGGAGAGUUUUGAAUUGUGGAUGAUGAUGGCUAAGGAGAGUUGUCAGAAUGUGGUGAGCUAUAACAUAAUGAUUAAAGGGUUGUUUGACAAUCGAAUGGUGGAAGAGGCGAUUUCUAUUUGGGAACUCUUGCGUAAGAAGGAUUAUAGGCCUGAUUCCACAACAUAUGGUGUUUUAAUUCAUGGUUUAUGUAAGAAUGGCCGGUUGAACAAGGCUUUGAAGAUACUCAAAGAGGCUGAAGAUGGACAUGGUAUGCUGGAUGCUUUUGCGUAUUCUUCAAUGGUCGAUGGGUUAUGCAAAGAAGGGAGAAUAGAUGAAGCAAUUAGCAUAGUCACUAAGAUGGAGGUACAAGGCUAUAAGUUGGAUCCUCAAGUAUGUAAUCCCCUGCUCAAUGGAUUUGUUCAAACUUCCAAACUUGAAGAGGCAAUAAGCUUUUUCAGGAAAAUGGAACGUAAAGGUUGCUCUCCUACUAUUAUUUCCUAUAAUACACUUAUAAAUGGUUUAUGCAAAGCAGAAAGAUUUAGUGACGCAUAUUCUAUGGUUAAGGAGAUGCUAGGGAAAGAGAUGAAGCCAGACAUGAUAACAUAUAGCUUGUUGUUGGAUGGACUUUGUCAAGAUAAGAAGAUUGACAUGGCCCUCGAAUUGUGGCAGCAAGCUCUUGGCAAAGGUCUCAAGCCUGAUAUAACUAUGUACAACAUUUUGAUGCAUGGGCUUUGCUCUGCAUGCAAAGUUGAAGAGGCUUUGCAGCUUUAUUCAAAUAUGAAGAGGUCAACCUGUCUUCCCAAUCUUGUGACAUGCAAUACUCUAAUGGAGGGGCUAUAUAAAGUCAGAGAUAGUGAAAAAGCAUUACAGAUUUGGGAUUGCAUCUUAGAAGAUGGCCUACAGCCAGAUAUCAUAUCCUAUAAUAUUAUGAUUAAGGGACUAUGUUCUUGCAGUAGCAUAUCAAAUGCAAUUGAGUUUUUGAAUCAGGCUUUGGAAAGGGGACUACUUCCAACGGCUGUUACAUGGGAUAUCCUUGUAAGAGCUGCCACUAAAUUUGGGAUUUCAUGAUUCAGUAGAGUUCAAAAACACUGGAAGCUAAUAUCUGAACUAUUAAGCUUCCAUCAGGUAAAUGGACGAUAGUGAAACUUUCUGCUAACAAGAUAUUCUUUGAGGUCUUUCUGUACCAGCCUUGUGCUAGUUGCAGGGAAUGCUAAGAUCUCUAUUACAUUCUUGAUUCAGGUGAAAGAGAUCCUCUGUCCUCUUCAAGCAAGGAGCCUUUGUGCCAAUGCCUGCAAUUGUUUGCACUCAAAUAUCACCUUGAGCUUAUUUUGUGAAAUGGCAUGGAGGAUUGUGAAACUUGUUCUGACAAGAUAUUUUUCGAGGUCUUUGAGACGAGUUGAAAGGGAUGCUAAGAUCUCUAUUACAUUCUGGAAUCAGGCGAAUUGAAUCCUCUGUCUAUAAGGAAGAAGCCCUCUUUUUGCAAACACUAUUUCUAAUGUUGUGCCAAUGACUGCAAGUGUUCGCACUCGGAAAUCUCCUUGAGCUUACUUUUUGAAAUGUAAUAUUUCCAAGGUUAAACUGCAUGAUGCAACAGUGACUAGCUUGAUAUAUCAGAUCCAAGUUCUGAACUGAGUGAUCAAACCCGCUAAAAUUGCUCCAAGAACAGCAACUUUCCGCCAAUCAGGUGAAUUGACGAAAGAAUCAGCAAUCGAAAUGACUACCACAGCAAUUAAAGCAAGAUUCUUCAAAAGCUUGCAUCUGACUUUCUAUUUUCUCCAUUAUCUGCUAACAAAAAAUAGCAAAACAAUAAGGGGGCUAUAAUGAGAAUUUCACUCUCCAUACAUUACAUGACUGCAUUGAUGAUAAAUUAAUGGAACAGACCCUGGCACUAGCUUCAUCUAGUUCUUUCAGAGCGUCCUCGCCAAUUUUAUCAAACUCUGCAUUGGUUUCUUCAGUGAACUGAGUUAGAUUUCUGGAACUUUCAUCUAUGUAAUCAGUGAGACGGACUUUUUCAGUUUGUAGCAUAGCUAUUCUGGCAAGAAGUUCUUGCUUGUUGAUAUCGCCUUCAGGUAGGGAAGCCUCGGAAUUAGAAUUAGAAUCAUUAUUGGAUUUGCAAAGGCAUAUGCUCCGGUUCUUCGGGUUGAGUGUUCUUCUAGUGUGGAAAAGGGCAUGUUUUGUAGGGACAUAGGAGGUGUUAAUGGCUUUGAGUGAUAUCAUGUUCUUCUUACUCUUCUUCUCCUUAGUAGUUCAAAGAGUGAGAGAGGGAAGGGAAAAGGAAAAGAAAGGAUGUGCUGAAGCUGGUGGGUUUAGUUAUAUGGACAAAUUGAUAAAUUGUCAGCCUUUCAUUUAGUGGGCAUUAUCCCUUUUUAAUGUCAGUUUUAAUAAAUUGAGACAAUUAGGUCCUUACUGCAAGUAAUUUACUUUAAAUUUUUCA